GGUGACUCUACUCUGGUGAUUAACAGUUGCCGACUGCUAAUCUCUUGGUUACAUACUCUUUGCCCUUAAUCAUAAUCACAACUCUGUCUUAUUAGCAUGUUCUAUUUCCAUUUACUUUUUAUGUUUUCUUGAAUUUUUAUAUCAUACUAAUGAAUUAGUUUCUGGAAUUGUUCGUCCUAUUUAUAUUGUGUAAUACUUUAUCGUUUGUAAAUAUUUAAGUGUAUGUUCUUGUUAGACAAUACACAAAGUACUGUUUGGUAUCUAACGAAAUGCCGUACGCUAAUCAACCGGCGGUGCAUAUCACCGAAUUAACAGACGAUAAUGUGAAAUUUGUUGUUGAAGAUACGGAAUUGAGCGUGGCGAACAGUAUGAGACGCGUAUUUAUCGCUGAAACACCGACCAUGGCCAUUGAUUGGGUACAGCUUGAAGCCAAUUCUACUGUACUAAGUGAUGAAUUCUUAGCUCACCGCAUAGGUCUCAUUCCUCUCAUAUCAGACGAUGUGGUUGACAAAAUCCGUUAUUCAAGAGAUUGUAUGUGUGCUGAUUUUUGUUCGGAUUGUAGUGUAGAAUUUACAUUGGAUGUUAAGUGUACUGGUGACCAGACAAGACACGUUACAACUGCAGACCUAAAAUCAAGCGACCCCAGAGUAGUGCCCGUUACAUCUAGACAUAGGGACGAGGACCAGGCUGAUUAUGGGGAGACUGAUGAGAUCUUGAUCAUCAAACUUCGAAAAGGGCAAGAGCUAAAACUUCGUGCUUAUGCAAAGAAAGGAUUUGGAAAAGAACAUGCUAAAUGGAAUCCUACUGCUGGAGUUUCUUUUGAAUAUGACCCUGACAACUCUAUGCGGCACACAUUGUACCCUAAACCAGAUGAAUGGCCCAAAAGUGAACAUACUGAACUUGACGAAGACCAGUUUGAAGCAGAUUUCAAUUGGGAAGCAAAGCCAAAUAAAUUUUACUAUAAUGUGGAAUCAUCGGGUGCAUUGAAACCAGAAAAUAUAGUUCUCAUGGGUAUUGUUGUAUUGAAAAAUAAGUUGCUAAAUCUUCAAGUACAGUUAGCACAGGAAGCACAUAAUGAUGCUUUAGCAAUUAAUUAAUAAUUUUAGGAAUUUAAACUUGUAAACAUUAAAUACUAUGGAUUGAUGAAUAAAUUUAUAUUAAAAAAAAAACAA